GCUAUCCUCCCGAGUCGAACUCUUUUCACGUCUACUCUGCACGUGUGCUAAGACGUUAUUCUUAACGCAUUCAUCAUGGCUGAGGUCGAUGAAACUUUGAAGAAGAAGAGGACCUUCAGGAAGUUUACCUUCCGAGGUGUGGAUUUGGACCAGUUACUGGACAUGCCCACCGAGCAGGUCAUGGAGCUGAUGCAUGCUAGAGCUCGCAGGCGUUUUAGUCACGGACUCAAGCGCAAGCAUUUGGCCCUUGUCAAGAAGUUGCGCAAAGCCAAGAAGGAUGCUCCACCAAAUGAGAAGCCAGAUAUCGUCAAGACUCAUCUGCGCAACAUGGUCAUUGUCCCCGAGAUGGUUGGCUCUAUCGUCGGUGUUUACAACGGCAAGGCCUUCAACUCUGUUGAAAUCAAACCAGAGAUGAUUGGCCACUAUCUUGGCGAGUUCUCCAUCACAUACAAACCUGUGAAGCACGGUAGACCUGGUAUUGGUGCUACCCACUCUUCACGUUUCAUUCCAUUGAAGUAGAGCGAUAAAAAUGUUGAUAUUUUAAUUAAAAAGAUUUUUCAAUUAACUCGCAUACACUAUAAUAAGUAAUACAUACAAUAUGUACAACAAUAUGCAAUACAUCCAAUGUAUUGCAUACAAUAAUUUGUGUAAAUGAGUUAAAGAUUGUUUACAAUCCAUCAAUCUAAAAAUAAUAAAUAUAACAUUUUGACAUUCAAUGAUCGUUGAGCUUAAAGUUUAUUUGCAUAAUAACCAUUUAUAUAGUAUGUAUAUAUUUUUCAUUAUCUUUAAAAAAAAACUCAUAAACUUUAUUUUAUUUAUUUAAUCGCUCAAGUUUAAGUCGUGGAUAGAAUGUGAAUUAAAGUAAGCUAAAGGUUCAUCAUGUAAUUAUUAAAUGUUGUUAUAAGAAGCUCAAUUAUAUGUUACCAGUAAUUAUUCUUGGCAUUUUCUAACACUUAUAUUAAAUGUUUUUCUCACAAGUUG